UUUUCAGAAUAUGGCAUCAAACGUAUUUUUACUAUUCACAAUGAUGUCAAUAAUUUGGCUAUCAGCAUUGUGGUUUGACAUUAAUCGUCAACCCCGAUUAGGCCAUCACUGGUACGUCUACAAGCUUGUGAUGCUUACAAAUUUGAAUUUUGUGCUUUGCGUAUUUUACUCGGUGAUGAUAUUGUUGGGAUAUAAGAGUGAAAAGUUACAAAAAAUUUCAGACUUCAUGCAUUUUACUUCAAUAUUUCCAGUUGGAAUGAUCACUUGUGGAUUGUUCUGGGGACUUUAUGCCAUUAAUCCUGCUCUAGUUAUGCCGGAUUGGAUAGCCAAGCUGAUUCCUAGUUGGUUAAAUCACAUAACUCAUACAUACCCAAUAAUUUUCAUUAUUUUGGAUAGUUACUUUCAUAAAAGGACACCACCAAAAACCAUAGCGUCACUAAUUUUUUCUGCAGCGUUAGUGUUUGUGUAUUUCAUGAUAAUUUGUUAUGUGAGAUUCUUUGACGGAUAUUGGCUUUAUCCGAUACUCUCCCUGUUUGCGUUUGAACAUUUUGUUAUUAGUUACAUUAUUGGAUUUCUAGGAUUUUUCAUGUUGAUAAAGGCGGCUGUGAGAUUGAAUAAACUUUUUCAUCAAAAAGACGAUAUUGGAUCAAAGCUUCCAUCUAAUAUGAAUAAAAAGAAGAAAUUCUGAGUUCAAUUUAUGUUCCGUAUUUUUUAUAUAUUUAUUAUUCAUUGCUUAAGUGUUUCGUAAAAUUUUUUGUUGUUGCUUCGGAUAUCGCAUAUUGAAAAUGAUCUCAAAUAAAAGUUGCGGUGUUGAGCAUUUCAUUU